AUACAGUUUCAAGUGGAAGAGAUGAUGGUAGAGACUGAGAAACAGAACAGCGAACGACCACAAAUUUAGAGGGAGUGAGGUUGAUGUCAGCAUUCUGCUAAACACAGCGCAUGUACACAUUAGAUGGGGAAGAUGUUGUGAAAGAGGGAGAGGAAGAGAGAAAGUCGUUGAGUUUUAGCAGAGGAUUGCGAGAGAGGAGGGGUGUGAUGCAAAAAAAGAUAAGAUCACAAAAUACAGCAAACACAGACCUGAAGAUCUGGAAAGAGAGUAGCAACCGAAACAUCAAACCCUGCAGAUUUCCAAUGGAAGGGUGGUGCCAUUUUAAGCAGCCCGGCUGUGUGUGCUAAGCCCAGCUUCGCCUGUCCACCGAGCUGGGGGCGAUGAGGGGGUGGGAGGACCAGGAAGAUGCUUCUGACAGGUGCACUAGGCCUCCUGGUGAGCUGGCGAACGGGAGUGGCGUCGCCCCAGGCGGGCCCCUCACUUUGCUGGACAGGCUGCGACUCUGCCAGUCGGCCUGGGCCCCUGGGAGCCCCUGGAGCCGAGACGGGGCCUUCGCUGCUCUUUGGGGACGACCGCCUGGGAGUUUCCUGGUGCUGAGCGACUCGUCCUCCCAGCCGCAGCUACUGUGUUUGUCUGUAGGCGGCAGCGAUCAGCCAGUGAGGGAUUUCCCCAUCCAGCGCACCGGUGCAGUGUUCCACCUUCCAGAGUCUCACCUGGGUUUCUCAGACCUGGUUCAACUGGUUGCCUUCUACAGUCUGUGCAGGGAUGUUUUGCCACUCUGCCUGUUCCUUCCACCCUGUAUGUACAGCCUCACUGAGCAGCCAGGCCAGGACAUGUCUCUUCUGGGACCCAAGUUCUGGCUGUGCCCCUCCCCUGGUCAAAAGCUUGAUGACAUGUCCAUGAGGUCUACUGGAAUCACCAUGUGCUCCAUCCAGGUGACCUCAGCCAGUGGCGCGCUCUGCAUCAUCAAUCCGCUCUACCUCCACGAGCACGGAGAUGACUGGCUGAGGCCGGCACCGCGCUCCCAAUCCAGCCCCUCGGGUGCCAGCCAAACAGCCAAUCACAAGCGAGAAAGGCGACUGAGCACAACCAGACCAUGGGGAGGGGCGGGGCUACGUAGACUGAGAGGCCUUUCAUUGGACCAGGAACUUCAUGACACGCCUCCAGAUGGUUCAAUGUCUCCCAGUGUCCCGCCCCCUGCUUCCCCCUCUGCCCCAGGGGGGGUGGUGCUCCGGAGGGCCAGUCAGCCUACUGUCUGCGACUCAUUCAAGAGGCGGAGCGAAGGGGCCCUCCCUGUGGACUCCAGACGCUUCAGUGACACCCCUCAGUCCCCGCACCGCGUUUCCUGGAUUGAAGAAGGGGUGUGGCUUUCACCCCCUCCUCCCCCUUCAAUGCUCCACCCCCCUUGCCUGGAGCUGGACUCCCUGUCCAUCAGCAGCCUGGAGGAGGAGCCGGACACCGUCCACAGCCCCGCCCACAGCCCCGCCCUCAGCCCCGCCCAGCACCACGCGCACCGCCUCCCGCUGGUCCUGGCCGACAAGAUGAAGAACCGCCUCUCGGCCGUGGGGCAAGCCUUCGGCGGGCUGGUGUCGCCGCAGAAACGGCUGAACAAGCGGGUGCAGGAGCUGAGCGAGCGGAAGGGCGGGGCCUUCGCCGAGGCGGUGCGGGCCUUCGUGGGGCACACGCUGGGGGGCGACGCCCACAGCCACCCCUCCGCCACCGAGAUGCUGCAGGAGGUGCGCAGCACCCUCACCAGGCUGAAGGAGGCGCUGUACGACUGCCUGGAGAUACAGGUUCUCAUAGACGGCCUGGGAGACGUGUCGGACUGGGAGCUGGAUGCUAUGGUAGAGGGCUCCUUGCACAAGGCGACCCUCAAGCCGGUGUCCACGCACCUGUACACCUGCCUCCGGGAGUACCGCAGCCGUGACGGCAGCCUGCAGAAGCUCCGGGACAACCAGCCGGCCCUGGAGGCGCAGGACCCCAAGGGCCUGGGCGGGACGGCGGGGGCGGGCGUGCCAGACCCCGUCACCCUGGAGAAGAUCCAGCAGCGCUGGGCCUCCAUGCAUCAGGCCUACUCCCCGAGCAAGAAGGUGCAGAUCUUGCUGAAGGUCUGCAAGAGCAUCUACCACAGCAUGAGCGCCAACGCCAGCUCAGGGGCAGUGUUUGGGGCAGAUGACUUCCUCCCGUGCCUGACCUGGGUGUUACUGCGCAGUGAUCUCACCUCUCUGCAGCUGGACACAGAUUAUAUGAUGGAGCUGCUGGACCCAACGCAACUGCAAGGGGAAGGCGGGUACUACCUGACGUCUCUGUACGCCUCCCUGUUCUACAUCAGCAGCUUCCAACCUCGCCUGGCCACCCGCCAGCUCAGCGUCGAGGCCCAGCAGUCCCUCAGCCGAUGGCAUCGCAGACGGACCCUGCACUGCAACCAAUCGCGACGGGGCAAGACCAGGAGGACUAUUCGGAGGCAUGUGCACAGUGAAGGGGCGGGCCCUCGGAGGGAGGUGGGGCCAGCUGAUGAGGACAAGCCCGGGGAUGCGAGGGGAGGGGCUGGGACAGAGGCGCCCUCUGGGGGCGGGGCAGGGGCGUCGCUCCCCACUGCUCCGGAGGGGCUGGAGGUCCUGGGGGAGGAAGAGGGCUGCCGAGAGGCCCCCAGGACAGGAAGCAGGGCAGGAACAGCGGAGCCAGUGGUCUGUCCCCCCGAGGGUGGGCAGGGGGAGCAGGGGUCGGCUCGGGAGGGCAGGGGCAUUCCAGAAACGGCCGAAAAACAUGAGAAAGAGAGGAGCGAAGGGAGAGAAGGAGAGAAGGAGGAAGGGAGAUUCCGGGAGGAGGGAGCGUCAGCGGUGAUACUGGGUGACCCCGCCAUAGUGUCGCCACUCAUCCACGGAACCUCCCGCCUCUCCAUCCACCCGCACGCACCGUUACUGUGGCGAUACCGCUGGGCGCUAACGGUUUUAGCCUUCGUCGCCGGGGCCUGGCAGCGUUCGGCUCGCUGCGCCAGGGGCUGUUUACAGAGGGAGCGUUUGUCCUGUAGCGGACUGGAAGUGGUGUCAAACGGCGCUGACCCCCUCGAACCGGAGCAGCAGACUGACAAACAGAUGGACGCGCGAACAGGAAAAGCAUUUAAAGUGGAGGCUAUCGCGGCGUCUCGGGUCGCCACCGAGGGUCAAAGAGCGUGGCCACUUCCUGUUGACCCCUGGCUGAACUCUGACCUCUUCUGCAGCCUGCAUCCAUCAUAA